AAAAGAAAGAAAGUGAAAAACCUUGGCCCGGAGGAUUUGAUUUGGAACACAUACAUUUCAUUACAGCUUCCACUCUGCUGUUCUUCUGCGCUCGAGACGCGGUUGUUCUGUCUUUAAAUUUUUUUCGAUUUUGUACUGCCUGUAAUCCGAAAUACGGAAGAGGGUUUACGCACAAGAUAUCUAGGGUUCAUGGGUUUUGGUUCGAAGUUCAUUCCAUGGAUCCUACUGCUUCUAUUCACGAUGAUACCCCUCGCCGCUUCUCAGUCUGGCGCCGCCGCGUCUCCGUCGGAUCUGUGCAAUGGGGUGUUCGUGUCGUACGCUUAUGUGAAGGGGUCUAAGAUUCCACCGAGCGACUCAAGAAACCAGCCUUACAGGUUCGAAUCCGUGCUCACGGUGCUCAACAAUGGCCGAGACAAGCUCAAGUCAUGGCGGGUCUUCGUCGGAUUCGCCCACCGCGAGAUCCUGGUGUCCGCGUCCAACGCCGUUCUCGCCGACGGCUCGAGCCUCCCGAUGGGCGUCGGAAACGGCACCGUUUUCGCCGGAUAUCCGAUGACCGAUCUCAAGACGGCGAUCGAGACAGCGGGUGACGUCACCCAGACCCAAACCCGCGUCGAGCUUGUCGGGACGCAGUUUGGAGUCGCUCCCCCGAGUGUUCCCCUUCCCAAUAACAUCACUCUUGCUAAUGAUGGUUGGGUUUGUCCCAAGGCCUCUCAGCAAGGUAAGAGCAUUCUACAAGUUUGCUGCAAGCCAGAUCCGGACUUCAAAACUGAAAUCAUCGACGAAGAAUUCCUUCCCCGGCAAGAGGGGGAUCUCACCAUAAUGUACGAUGUGAUCAGAUCGUAUUCAUCGAAUUACUGGGCGCAGGUCACGAUCGAGAACCAUAGCCCGCUUGGCCGGUUGGACAACUGGAAACUAAGUUUCGACUGGAUGAGGGAUGAGUUCAUCUACACCAUGAAAGGGGCUUACCCUUCUCUUGUCGAUUCGUCAGACUGCAUUGACGGCCCGCAGGCAAAAUACUACCAAGACCUCGACUUUUCCAAUGUCUUGAGCUGUGCGAGCCGGCCGACCAUCAUAGACCUCCCUCUCACAAAGUAUAACGAUUCUACCUUCGGCCUUAUCCCUUCGUGCUGCAGAAACGGGACGAUUCUUCCACGGGUAAUGGAUCCUAGCAAGUCUAGUUCGGUUUUCCAGAUGCAGGUGUAUAAAAUGCCACCCGAUCUCAACAUCUCUGCACUAUCUCCGCCUCAGAACUGGCGGAUCAAUGGUACGCUGAACCCGGAUUACCAGUGCGGUCCUCCUGUUCGAGUCAGCCUGAGUCAGUUCCCCGAUCCUAGCGGCUUGCCCUCGAACCGGACAGCGUUUUCGAGCUGGCAGGUAGUCUGCAACAUCACCCAACCAAAGGCUGUUAGCCCAAGAUGCUGUGUCUCGUUCUCUGCAUACUUCAACGACUCGAUCAUUCCGUGCAAAACCUGCGCUUGCGGCUGUUCCAGCAGCCGGGCAGCAGCAAAUCAUCAAACUUGCAGCACAACAGCUCCAGCUAUCCUUCUUCCACCCGAGGCCCUUUUGGUUCCUUUCGAGAACCGAACCACUCUCUCCCUGGCUUGGGCGGACUUGAAACGGCGGCAAGUUCCAACCCCCCUGCCUUGCGGCGAUAACUGCGGAGUCAGCAUGAAUUGGCAUUUGGCAACGGACUAUCGAGGCGGGUGGACAGCGCGGGUCACGAUCUUCAACUGGGGGGAAACUGACUUUGCCGACUGGUUUGCUGCGGUCCAGAUGAAGAAAACGACCGCCCUGGGUUUCGAGAAGGCCUACUCGUUCAACGGGACCGCCCUCAGCAUGGACGGGGCGAACAAUAACGAUACUAUUUUCAUGGUGGGUCUCCCGGGAUUGAACUAUCUCGUGGCGGAAAGAGACGGGAACGAUCAGAGGGUGGAUGCUCGGGUACCCGGGAAACAGCAGUCGGUUAUAUCAUUCACCAAGAAACUGAGUCCCGGGAUCAACGUCAGAGCUGGGGAUGGAUUCCCGGCCAAAGUGUUCUUCAAUGGGGAGGAAUGCUCACUUCCGACUGUACUUCCGAUGAGCAACAGCCACCGAAGACACCACAUCUCCUUCCUUGUUCUGGUUUUGUCUUUCUUGGCUCUGCGGUUAUAGGCGCGCAGAAAUGUUUUUUUUUUUUUGUGUGGCUCUAACCAAAAUGAUAUAUGAAUUGAUAAAAGCUGGCAGGUUUUGCAAUGUCCGGAAGGAGAUUAGUGGAUUGGGGAAUUACUAAAAGAUGUUGUCAUAGAGAGCUACAACUGCUUGUGUAGUGAUUUUUUGUGUUAUUCGGCUAAAUGUAUUAUGUAUUAUUUAUUAUACAAAAAGAUGAACAGACCA